AAAAAUCAGCUAAUUUUGAUCCUUUUAUGACUGUCUGCGGAUUGUUGUGAUAUAAAUAUGGGAUAUUCGUUGAUGACAAGGUAUUUAUAAAACACAAUCGUACUUUUCUGCCCCCUGUGUAUCCCUUACAAACCUUAACGAUAAUUCGCUGAAAUACAAGUUAGCCUAAUAUGUCAUUAAGCAAACAAACGCUGGAGUUAAUAUUUGAUAUGCCGAUUUUCGCUAAUUUUAGACACAUUCCAAAAUAUGCUCCCCAUUUUUAACAUUAAUAUAUCCGUGAAUUUUUAAGUUAAAUACAACUGUAAUAUAUCAAAAUCUAAGUUAGUCCUUCCUCUAUUUAAUGCAAGUUAUUUCUCUUUAAAAACUUUACUUGUUUAGAAGUUAUUACGAAUCAAACAGGAGUACUUUUCUUUGGGCCACCCGGUACUACAAACAAUAUAUAUACACCCACAAACAUACAUACAUACAAACAUACAUACAUACAUACAUACAUACAUACAUACAUACAUACAUACAUACAUACAUACAUACAAACAAACACAAAUUAAAAAUUUUAUAAUUAUUAGUAAUGUCACUUUGAAAAUGAUUAACUACUUCCUAAUAAAAUCCAUACAGUAAAAACGUUUAUAUGCUGAUUUAAACAAGCCCAAAUUGUCUAAAACUAUUAACUACUUUCUAAAAAUCCAUGCAAUAAAUGACUUUUAUAUUCUAGUUUAAACCGGUCCAAAGUGUCAAUGUCUUUAAUAUGAUUUGGGAGCUCAUUCCAAAUAGACACUGCGCGAUAAUGAAACGUUCGCUGUCCAGAAGCCGAAUUAUAAAGUGAAAUGCCUAACUUAUCCUUAUUUCUGGUAGCUAACCCUUUCAUGCACUUAAAUGUCAUAACCGCAUCCGUGAGUUUUAACAUACACAUAACUGGAAGCCAAGCUAACUGCUGAAGGUAGGCGUCACAUGGUCAUAUUUUCUGAUUCCCAGUAAUAACGCGUGCCGCGAAGUUCUGCACGCUUUGGAGUUUUGAUAUGUUCUUUUUCGAGGUGUUCGACCAAACGGAGGAACAAUAAUACAUUUUACUGAAGACCAAUGCAUUUAUAAUAAGGGGUAAAGUGUGCUUGUCGAAAAUAUGCUUAACUCUGUUGAUUUGGCAUAAUUCAGUGAUACAUUUUGAGACGGUGUCGACAAUAUGUUUGUCGUAAUUCAAACUUGAAUCCAAAGUCAUUCCCAAAUUUUUAACUGUCUGAAGUGGGAUUAUUUUCUCACCAAGAACAGUUAUAUGGAAAUCUGUGCCAGAGCGUUUUUUCAGCAUUUGACUUGUACCCAGUAACAGAAGUUUCGUUUUCUUUGGAUUCAUAAGCAAACUAUUUAUACAGCACCAUGCGAUAAUUCUUUCCAUAUCUUGUGUAAGUUUAAACGCAGCAGUUUCAACAUCCUGAAUUGGAAAUGCCAGAUAGAUUUUCGAAUCAUCCACAUAAGAUUCCAAAGAGGACUCUUUUGGAACAUUGGGCAGGUCAUUAAUAUAUAUGUUAAAUAAUGCCGGCCCAAGAAUAGAUCAUUGAGGUACCCCUCGAGUUAUAAUACAUGAUUCCGACAAUGUCGACCCAAUAUGUAUACUAUUUGGCUUCGUCCCGAUAGAUAACUUUUAAACCAUGCCAACACUGAUUUAGACACACCAAUGGUUUGAAGUUUCACUAGUUGAAUUGAAUGAUCUAUGCUAUCAAAUGCUUUGGAUAAGUCUAUUAAAACUAAGGCCGUAACUUCUUUACGAUCCAUAGACUGCAAGAUUUGAUCUGUUAUAAAAACGUUUAAUGUUUCUAAGUAACUGCUACCUGCUAUAUAUUACUAUAUUUAUUACUAUAUUGUUAUCUGGAAAUGAAUUGUUUUAUAAGAAAAAACAAAUUGUCCAAAUAUUGUACCACCAUGCAUGAUUAUCCAAUAUCCAGUUUUAUUACACUGUAGUCGCUGCAUGCGUUUUUAUUAGUUAAUAGCUUCAUAACUCAGUUAUCUGCUAACAGAUAACUGAGUUAUGUGCAAGUUCAGCCAGCGGUAUAUAAUUUAUAGCAAGAAGAUAAAACAACAUGAACGAACGGCAUUUUCGUGAAUGUUUUUUGUGCAAAAAGCAGACCCUUUUGGACUAUUUUUAUCGGAACUUUGUAGGUAAAUGAGAUUUGUAAUAUUAUGCUGUUAUUGUGAUAUUUUAAAUCGUUUUCACUACGUAUUUUUGAGAACCAAACGUUGUUCGUGCGACAAAUCGUUUUCUGAUAUCCAGAAUUAUCAAUGUCUCAAUAAGUCGGGGUUCGUACAAAACUUGAAAGUCCUUGAAUGCCCUUGAAUUUGAAAACAAACAUUCAAGGCCUUGAAUGUUCUUGAAUUUAUAAAGAAGUACUUGACAGACCUUAAAUUUUUCUUGCUUUAGUUUUUGGAUAUUUUCUGAAUUUGUUUGACAUUCAAAACGGACCAUUUAAUUUUGUUGAAUUAAUUUUGCAUAUUCAUAUCUGACAAAGGUGUUUGAAACUCAUUAAAGUUGCGUUUUGAACAAUUCAACGUCAGAUUUGAACCCCUUUUCUUCAGUAUUUAGUCCUUGAAUUUGCUGAUACAUGACCUUGAAUGUCCUUGAAAAGUCCUUGAAUUUGACACUUCCUCGCAUGUACGAACCCUGGUAACAUCGACCUUGAUAAUUGUGGAUAUCACAAAAACCUCAUCCAAUAACUGUUUAAUGUUAUUAUGUUAUUCCCCUGACUGGUAUCCGGUAUAUCUGACAAAGCAGUAUCCGGCAUAACCAAAAUGAGCUGAUAUAGUGAGUUGCUUAGGACAUCUUGUGCCUUAAUUUGCAUGUGUUGCAUUUGUCUGCUAGCACAAUUAGACAAUCAACUGAUUUUCUAAAUACAAUGUGCUAGUUCUAAUUAUAUUGUCCAGCAAGGCAAGGUAGUGUAAAUGCUGGGGGAGGUAAGCAAUUUUCAGCCACCCUGAGAUGUGGGGGCCCAGGCAUAUCCCAACACAGGUCACUAAACAACAUGGCCCCAAAAAGACACAUUGACCUAUUGUAAGGUGCAAUUAUAACUUGCAAGGUCCAAUUUUUCUGAUUUAGAUUCUUGUAAAGCUGUUUGCUGCUGGUGUGAAUCCUGUGGAUACCUACAUCAGGAGUGGUACAUUUGCCAGGAAGCCAACCUUGCCUUAUACCCCAGGUGCUGAUGGUGCUGGUAUUGUCAAGACUGUAGGAGACGGUGUAUCUGCAUUCAAGGUAUGACAAUUAAUGGACAAGAUGGCAUGGUAGCAAAAUUAGUUCCUGCAUGCGUGUGCAUUAUCAUUGACAUUGAACCUGCAAUGAAGUAGAUAUGAGGUGAUUAAUCGGAAAAUAAUCGGCAUAGUAAUUAAUCGGCCAUUUUGAAAUAAUCGGUUACCGGCCGAUUAUUGCACAAUAAUCAGAGAAAUAAUUUAUCAUUCUCAUGACGUUACAUUUAUUCAUUUUACCUUUUUUUCUCUGUCCGCAGUGUUAAUUUUAAUAUUAAACUAAAACUUUGAUGAAUACCUUGCAGUAUAUUCUCGUUGAUUUUACACAAAGUUUUUUUUCUGUUGUUUGAGGAGAAAAAAUGUAAACGAAUUUAUUAACGUAAUGCUGGAUUGACGACUAGCAACACGAUAAUGGUAAUCGAUUACCGCCCUCUUCAAAUAAUUGGCCUCAGUAAUCUGCAAAUUUUGUGAUAACUCAUCAAAUUUUGUCAUCGGUUAAAAAGAACACUCUGAUACCUUUGAUCUGAUCAACAAGUAGCAAGGGCACUUCCGCCCCCCCCCCCUCCCCUCAACAACAACAACAACCCCCAGAAGUCAUACUGAAAUUGUAAUAUUUAUGCUUGCGGUGCUUUGCAGUGAAAAAUCAGCACAACGUUUAUCGGAUGAGCUUAUUUAUAAUCAACUCUUAAUUUUGCAACGCUUGUCUGCAAAUAUUGAUAAAGCGCUUUAGGCUACAUUGUAUAUGAUUGUAUACAUAUGUGGACUAAUGUAAACCACUUUAAAAUAUAGCCAGUUUUCUUAAUCUUUUAAAGGAAGGCGACCGAGUGUAUGUGCAUCAGUUUGGUGCAGGAACAUAUGCUCAGUUUACAGUUUGCAAUCAAGAGAAUGUGCAUCAACUUCAUCCUAUGUUGACGUUUAAGCAAGGAGCAGCACUGGGAGUGUCUUACCUGACUGCGCAUCGGGCUUUGUUUCAUAAGUAUGUUAUAUCAAGGGGCUGUUUAUUUGGUGUCGAGGAAGCCAAAUUUCACACGUGUUGAUACGAGACUAUUCAGGCAGGCUGUGGUUAAAACAAUUAAUGCAUCCGUGCUGAGCUAUAAUAGGCAGCUUAAGCAAGCGACGUUUUUGUCAACACGAACGUCAGAUUGCCGAGGGGGGACUGGAUUAAAAACUGUGUUUGUAUCACUUUGUGGUAAUCUUCAACACAUGUCACAGUUACCCACAAAAAGUUCUCAGAGACCCGUUUUAAUUUCAAAUUCAUUCUGUCGAGGAAAUGUACAUUUACAACAUUGAUUAUAUUCACGUAAACAAAACAUUAAUACUCAACCGGACUAGGCGAGCCAACCUCAUGAUCACCUGGGAUCACGUGAUAAAUGCAAUUUUGAAAAAAAUUCACAUUGUUAGUUAAGUAUGUGAAUUUUUGUACUGCGAGGAAGAAGUUUCGUAAAUUUUGAAAGUAAUAUACCUUACCAUACCACAUAAUUUUACAAACGCAUCUUGCCAACUUCGCUUUGCUUCCAACGACAAUAACAAACACCGGGUCUUGCCCAAACCAGGCCAGCUACCUGGCCUGUCUCGACCCAUAUAAACAGACACUAAUUACUGCUGAGUGCGAUAUUUUUAAAAGACGUUUUUGUUAGAGUUGUGGUAUGUUGGCAACUUAUAUUGAAACCCUAACUAACAAAACAUUCGUUUUCUUUUAAAGACUGCACGUGAAGCCAAAGGAGACUAUAUUCAUACACGGAGCCAGUGGUGGAGUAAGUACAAGACAAAUUUGUAUUCAACACAGUUUAGGGGCAGCCUUGACCAUGGUCAAUAGAAUAAGAAGGUUAGGGAACUCGAUGCAGACAUAAUAGACCUCAUUAUCUAUGUUUUUGUCUGGUUUAUUAGCCAUUCUGUAAUAUCACGACUGGGUAAAAAAAACACACUGCUAUUGGUUGGUUGGGCAAAAAAAAAUACACACGCGACAAUGAACCGACGACCAUUUCUUGCAUUAAAAACCAAGACAAAAACAUAGAUAAUGAGGUAUAUUAUGUCUGCAUCGAGUUCCCUAACGUUAUUCUGUUGAAUAGACCUAGGGCCUUCACUCGGCAGGUGAUUCGCAGGUUAAUCGACUUCAUGACCUCGCGAGGCGGAAUGCCCUGUCAAAGAUAAUAACCACAAGUAAAUUGCACAUUAUUUUAAAGCCAGUAUAUAGGAUUUUGCUCAAUCCUUCUUGCCUUUAUUUAUACCAAGUUGUUAUUUGUCCGGUCAGCAGAAACAAAAGCUUAGGCUAUUUGUCCGUGAAUUAAUUUGAUUGGUUCAUUUAAAUGACAAGCGGUUGUUUUCACACAAUAAAACCAGAACCUUGCCCACACCUAACCCCUUCCCUAACCCUAAGCCCUAACCCGAACACAUUCGAUCCCCGGAGCUAGCGCGCACAAGGCGAGUGCCUUAACCACUUGACUACCGAGGACUUGCUUGAAAAGUAAUGACAUUUUACUCGGCAUCAUUCUAGCAAGUUGACAGAAAGAAGAAAUGAUUGAACCAAUCAAAUUAAUUCACAGACAAAUAGCCAAAGCUCGUUGGUUUCCGUGACCGGAAAAAUAACCACUUCCUUAUUUAUAUGGGACAUUUUCACUCAAUACUAGGCAAGACUAUUUGGCCCCUUCUCAUAUAAAAAGAAAAAUAUAUAUAGUGGAAAAUUUAAAAAUAUACCUUUAGAUUUCGCUGAGGAUGGCCAGCACGUCAUAUGUGCUCAUAAGUAUUCUCUUUAGACUAUAAUCAAACACCGAACAGUACUGUUAUGUGACACCAAAUUAAAGUUACUAAUUUCAAUGAUCUUAUAUUCUGAAGGUUGGUGCAGCAGCAGUACAACUUGCUAGAGCUCACGGGAUGCGUGUUCUUGGUUCUGCAGGAAGUGUCGUAGGAAGUCAGGUAGUUAACGAAGCUGGAGCUCACGAAGUGUUUAAUCACAAGGAAAAUGGCUAUUUAGAUAAAGUUAUGGUAAGGAUUAGUGUGUAGAUGUAGUUUGUUUCUAACCUUAAAAGCCCUUGUCCUUUUUCGUUCUAGGAUUUCUGAGCGUCGUACGGUCUAUUUCAUUGUACUUCGCUCGUUUAUGGAGGUUAGAGAACUUCUUGAUAUCUCGAUGCUUCUUUUAAAAUGAUGUUUCACUAUUGCUUGCUUGUUGUCCUCAGCAGAGUAGAGUGUAAAGUGGGUUUUCUAAAUGGGGUGAUAGAUCAUCUGCUAAAAAAUGUUUUCUGAGCAUCCCAAGCUAAAGUCUCUGGUUUAACGUAUGGCUGGGAUCGCCCAAUCGAGGCACUCAGAAAUACCAUGCACACACACGGGAUAUCCAAUCCACAAAUACCAUGAGUUAACUGUUGACAUUGAUGAUUAAGGGACGAUUUUCCACUGGCACUGAAUUUCCACUAAAACUAAAAUUAGAUUCUCUCAUGGCGGUGGAACUUGUAAAUAAUUUUUUGUCGUCUGCACUCUUUUUCUAAGGCGGCAACUGAAAACAGGGGAGCUGAUGUGAUUCUGGAGAAUCUAGCCAAUGUUAAUCUGGAGAAUGACUUGAAAAUUGUGGCUGACCAUGGCAGGAUAGGGGUAAAUAUCGCUUACUUACUGUACAUGUGGAAAUUAACCGACACAAUGGAUAGAAUUAUCGAAAAUUUUCGAUUCUAAAUGCAAAAAAAUGCAUUGUACUUUUUUAUAAUUGUAAUUUUUUAUAAUCACUUAAAAUACUCAUUAAUAAUUAAUAAACCUUGUGGCAAACCAUGUCAGCCAUAAUAUGUCACGUGGAGUGACUUUAUAUCUGAUAAAACACAUGUGGCAUUAUAUAAUUGUUCAUCUUAAUAUAGCAUGAUUAUAUUAUGGUUCAUCCUAAUUAGUAUUCUUUUGUAGUCGUAUUUUAAGCUAUUCAAAACACUCGUCGUCGUGUUUUAUCAGAUAUAACACGCUCGGCUGCGCCUCGCGUUUUAUAUCUGAUAAAACACUCCUACUCGUGUUUUAAAUAGUACAUAUUAUUAUAUUUUUCAAAAACUCUUCAUAAAGGUUGUUGGAAGCCGUGGUUCGAUUGAAAUAAAUCCACGUUUAAUGAUGAUGAAAGAAUCGAGUAUUAUUGGUGUAAUGCUGUUUAAAGUCUCUCAGGUGUGUAGAAAAUUUCGGUAACGGAAUUCAUAUUGCGGUGGCCAUGCAGGCAUCGCUGUAUAUUCGCUGCGUGAGUUUGGUGGUCUGUUAGUUUGUUAGUCUCCAGUUUCUUCGGAAUAUUAAAGCCUUCACUACUUGGUGUUUAUUCAAAAAUAGCAUGUCUUCACGCUUAUGGUGCACUUGUUUUGCACAUUCUGCACUUGUCUUCGAAAAACUAUAUAUAACCGUCAUACCGGUACCAAAACUCUAAACGUUCCUCUUUCCUUUACCCAUUAUAGCUAGAAAAUCUGCCUGAACUAUCUUCAUAUAUCUUCAUGUAUAGUAAUAUGGAGCUCGUGCGCGCGUUGCUAAUCCAUGUACACUGACAUUCAAAGGGAAGUGAUUCCUCAUUCUACACUCCCACAGCUUUUAAGGCGGAUUUUCAUUCGGUGCAAAAUGUUGCGCGAUCGACUUUUUGCGAUCGCUUUUUUUUGAAAUACAAACAGUCGAGCGGAAAAAAUCUCAUUAGCUGUAGUUGACUGCACCCAUUUGACAAGAAAGCGAUCGCAAAAAAUCGAUCGUGCGACAUUUUGCACUGAAUGCAAAUCCACCUUUACACUCUUCCCCUAUCGCCUCUCUCUAUCACCGAAUAUCGUUCACAUUGUGUCGAAAUGUGUUCAAAUUUUCUAGUUUUUCGUCUAACGUUUCAUCACCUUUUAUUUAUUUUUACAAAAUAGCCCCCGCCAGCUUAAAUUUAUUUAAAACAAGACGCUCUGUUGAGCGUUUAGUCGCUGGGGUUAUUAAAAUAAGGUCUUCUGCGCAGGGCUUCUGCGCUUAUUGCUCUCUCUUCUGAGAGCAGUGUAUAAGCGCAGAAGCCCUGGGUACGAGGUUGAUUUCCAUGAAAAUGAGCGACUAUACUUCCUAUAGAUAGCAAUGCCUACCAUGCAUAGACAAUCGAGAGGAAUUAGUACCUGCACAAGCAUGCGUUAAGAGCUUCGGCUCAUUAAUUUUGAGACGUCACAUAGAGAAACAUAACUAAUGUUACCUUUCUCAAACUCUCUUCUCAGUAGGACUUCUUUAUGUUGGUAUAUAGAGUGAAAUUGACGAAGCGACUACGAAGUUUCGCAAAUUAGCAGAAGAUGGAUCGUUAAAACCAAUAGUCGGUAAAACUUUCAAUCUGGUAGAUGCAUCUCUAGCUCAUAAAGAAAUAAUAGAAGGAGGUUGUGCCCAAGGAAAACUUGUGCUGGAAAUUGAAUGAAAAUACUGAUAGUAUGAACAUGAUCUCUUAUGUUCAUGUAAGGUGUCUUCUUUACCCCACACCAGACUAUACGCUUUAUAAUUAGCUGAAUUACCUUACGGGUAAAAAAUAGAAAUAAUAAACGAGAUGUGAGAUACACGAAUUUACUUUUUCUCUGCAGUGUCAUAUCUCUGAGUGGAUGGUUAUAUAAUAGAUUGUUAACUCUCAAGAAGAAGUAAAUUUAACCUCUCCCCUAAAUUAAAACAUACAUGUAGAAUGCCACAUGGUAGCCCAUGCAUACCAGCUAUUGAAUCAACGUUUUUAUGAAUUUCGUUUUGUAACAUUUUGCUUUCAAAAAGUAUAUCUUAACA